CAAGCAUAGAAGUAGUGAAAAGGCAAAUGAAGAAGUCCCGAGAUCACAACUGAGAUUAUUACUUUUCCCCCAAUAUCUCAACGAAGCGACAAUGGAGCUUCCGUUACUCUCUUACACCAACUCACCCUCGUUUUCUCGGACAGGCAUAUGCUCCUCUUCCUCUUCCUCCUUUUCAACUAGUAUUAAUGACUUCACGGAGAUAAGAAGAAGCUUGAGAAUGAGAUUCAAUGGUGGUGGAGAUAAUUCAAGAAGCGUUAAAGCUUCCGCUGAACGUAGCAGCGAAGGGAUGGAGAAAACAGACAGCAACGGAGGAGGAGGAGGGAGACAAUUCGCAGGUCCUGUCAUGGAGGUUACUACACUUGAUCGUGGCUUUGCUAACUCCACAACCGUUGAUUUCCCGGUUUGGGAUAAAAUUGGUGCCGUGGUUAGACUUACUUACGGAAUAGGAAUAUAUGGAGCAAUGGCUGUAGCAGGAAGGGUCAUAUGUUCAGUGACUGGGAUUGAUUCAUCUGGCGGGUUUGAUCCUUCUCUUGAUGCACUUCUUGCUGGACUUGGCUAUGCAACACCACCUAUCAUGGCUCUUCUCUUCAUUCUCGAUGAUGAAGUUGUGAAACUCUCACCUCAUGCUCGAGCUAUUAGAGACGUGGAAGAUGAGGAACUCAGAAGCUUUUUCUUCGGAAUGUCACCAUGGCAGUUUAUACUCAUUGUGGCGGCCAGUUCAAUAGGAGAAGAGCUCUUUUACCGCGUUGCUGUACAGGGAGCUCUCUCUGAUAUAUUCUUGAAAGGGACACAAUUAAUGACAGAUUCUAGAGGCAUGGCAUCUCUGACCGGACUAUUGCCUCCAUUUGUCCCAUUUGCUCAGGCAUUUGCAGCUGUGAUCACCGCCACUCUCACAGGCUCCCUCUACUUUCUUGCUGCUUCUCCAAAAGACCCGACAUACAUUGUUGCCCCGGUUCUAAGGUCACGCCGCGAUGAUUUCAAGAAGCUUUUGUCUGCAUGGUAUGAGAAGAGACAGAUGAAGAAGAUUUACUCUCCUCUUCUCGAAGGACUCUUAGCUCUCUACCUCGGUAUUGAAUGGGUUCAGACGGACAAUAUUUUAGCACCGAUGAUGACGCAUGGUAUAUACUCGGCGGUAGUAUUAGGGAAUGGGCUUUGGAAAAUACAUGAUCAGCGUAGAAGGUUACGUCGGAGGAUCGAACGGCUUAGAUCGAAGACCGUUGAUGAAUGAACCGUUUUAAAAAUCAUCUAUAGAUUGUAACUGGUUGUGGGGUGGACUUGUGUGUACUCUUUUGGGUAUGGGGUCGCAUAGUAAUUAGAGAAAUUAGGUAUCCAUAUAAUAUAUACAGCUCCAGCAUUAUAUACAGUAGAGAAUUUGCAUAUAUAUGUAUAUAUAUAUAAGGUUUUGUAUUUGUUCCUAGUUGUGAGGUUAAAGAACAAUAAAGAUUGAGUCUCUUUUGACUCAUGUCUGUUUGAGUGAAACUAAGGAACACAAGUUAACACAUUCAUUUCAAUCACAAUUCGAGAGCCCUUCGAGCUAGUGUCGCAGUUAGUCACCAACCUCUUCUAAGUUCUGCAAUAUGCCUAUGUGAUGCCUCUGUGCUUCUCUUAUUCUCGAGUUGGGCUUCGACUUGGGCCUAUGCUAAGACGAAACUAUGAACCCUCUUGUCAUUUUUUAGA